UACAGAUACAGAUAAACGAGAGAUCAUGGCUGCCUGCUACAAUGCCUAUAGCGCUGGAUCGCAGUCCUUUGAGUUCGACGAGGACGACGACGACGCCUCCUUCGACAGCGGCUACGAGAAGAGCUUCGAGACGGAGGCCCAGGCGCUGAGCUCCCGCCGGCGCCUGGACUUCGAUGCUCCGGCGGUCCAACAGCCGUACGCCGGCGCAGCCUGGGACACCGUGCCGCUCAACUCACUGCUGGACACGAGCAGCAACCACAGCACGCGGAGCGGACGAACGCUGGUGGAGCACCUGAACAGCCGGGCACCGACUGCCGCUGGCUUCGAUCCCCCCUUGACCAGCACGCCCAUGAAGUCGUCCGAGGAUCCGGAUGCGCCGCGACCGAAGCGCAAAUAUGCCGUCGGCAAGAACCGGGUGACGCGGUCGCGCAGUCCCACGCAGGUGGUCAGGAUCAAGCGCUUCCGGCGGAUGAAGGCCAACGACAGGGAGCGCAAUCGGAUGCACAACCUCAACGAUGCGCUGGAGAAGCUGCGGGUCACACUGCCCUCGCUGCCCGAGGAGACGAAGCUGACGAAGAUCGAGAUCCUGCGCUUUGCCCACAACUACAUCUUCGCCCUGGAACAGGUGCUCGAAAGUGGCGGCUCGAUCAAUCUGGAUCUGGAGAAGCUUCAGAACUUUACGCUAAGCGGCGAGCGGAUCACCAAGGAGCUGUUCGAUGCGCUGUUCGUGAAUCCCCAGCCCUUUCCCAUGUUCGGAUGCGGCAGGAUGUUUCCCUAUGGGCAGAAUAUGCCCCCUCAUCCGACUCCCGCUCCCGCUCCGCCUGCAGAGCAUCCGCCCGCGAUGGGGGGCUUCCAGCAGGGAGUGGACUACGCGCAGCAGCCACCGGGAUUCGACUUUACAGGCAGCAUGCGGUUCUACCAUCAACAGCAGCAGCAGACGCCUCACCAUCUGCAGCAUAAUCCUCAGCAGGAGUCCAGCCCGCAGUUCUCGCAGGAGAAAUACGAUCUAUUUAGGGGCUCCUUCGAUGCAGCUGCCAAUCUGCACAAUCCCAGUCACCUGGAUUCGGGGAUUCAUCAUCAGAGCAGCUUCUACACGCAAACGCCGCCCUGGAAGGAAUAUCCAGAGGAUCAGGGGCAUCCACACGGCUACAAACAGUUUGCCCCGCAGGUGUAGCACAGUUUUUAGGGCCAUCUAAGGUUUUUCAGCGUGAUAUACUUAAAGAUUGCUGGGGAUCGGCAGGAAACUUAUCUAGGGGAAUCCCCGAAAGAGAUGCACCCUUGACUUAUUUUAAUGGAAAGACUAAAGUAGCUUAAGGGUCUCAUCUCUGGAUUUCCCCCUUCUAACUUUCCUCGAAUCCCUCGCAAUCCGUUGAUAUUGGUAGUAAGUGAGGCACUCAAUUGACUGCCUGGAUUAUGACUUUAAACUAAAGCUAAUCUUUGCACUCAAUUAGUUUCAUGUUAUAGAAGGAUCUUCAACAGAUUAACCAAUGCUGAUUUACAAAGAAUCGAACAAACUCUAUAAUUCCAAUUCACCUUCAUUGGUUUCUUUUCUGCGGAUCUCUAGUGAAUAUUUGAAUUAAGAGUGCUUAACCUGAACAUUUUCCAAAAAACCACUCUUCUUCUCAAUAUAUUCCCUUCACAUUCUUCUUGACUAUAUAGUACAAAUCGGUUGUCCAUAUUUAUUGUAAGCGGAUACGUACCUUGCCAUUGUAGACAUAAGCCUAGUUUUAGCGAUCACUGAAAUGUACCAGGUAUUAGCCAUAAUUAACUGUACAAUCGAUUAAGUAUAUAUGUAGGUUAUGCCAGAUUCUAUAUCAGUUAUUGCAAUGCAAGGAAAGCGAGCUAGUCAGGGCCAGAACUUUAAAGUGAUAAGAUUGAAUUUCGAUGUAAAGCCAUAAAGAUUUAUUUUUGCAAAUAAAGUUGACGAUCAAAACGA